AUGUCCACCCCCCUCACUCCUCUCCCUCAGGUCCACGCCCUUCCUACCGUUCCUCUCUCCUCUGUGUCCACGCCCCGUCAGUCCGUCUCCGUUCCUUCAGGGUCCCGCGUGGCUCACUACGUCGUUCGUCGUUCCAGGUCGUCGUCGCCGUCACGUCUCCCUCAUUCCAUUCCGCCCCUCCACUACGUCUCUCCUCUGGUCCGGUCCACCCCACUCCACUGCGUCUCUCCCUCCAUCCAUCCACGCCACUCUCCACCUCUCCCUCAGGUCCACCCCCUCCACUCCUCUCCCUCCAUUCACGCCCUCUCUCUCCACAUCCCUCCUCCCUCCCUCCCACCCCUCCACUCUCCACCCCCUUCCAUUCCCGUCCCCCUCCCUCCACAUCCACCACUUCCAUUGUCCUCCAGGUCCACCCCUCUCCCUCCAGAUCCACCCUCCUCCUCCUCCACUCCAGGUCCACCCCUCCAUCGGGCUCCACCUCCACCCCUCCACUCCUUCCUCUCCGGGUCCAUUCCACUGGUGGGCUCUCCUCCAUCCUCCUCCUCCUCCAGGUCCACCCCUCCACCAUCUCUCCCCUGGUCCACCCACUCCAUCCACCCCUCCAGGUCCACUCUCCGGUCCACUCCCUCUCCACUGGUCCACCCCUCCUCCACCCCUCCAUCUCUCCACCCCUCCCGUCCCAUCCACCCUCCACUCCUCAUCUCUCCACAGGUCCACCCCUCCACACCUGCCUCCGUCCACCCCUCCCCUCGUUCCAUCCACCCUCUCGGGUCCACCCCUCUCUGCUCCACGUCCACCCUCCUCCCUCAGGUCCACGUCCCUCCACUCUCACCCUCCACGUGCCCUCUGGCUCUCACAUCCACCCCUUCCUCUCACGUUCACCCCGCUCCUCCGUUCCACUCCUCACGCUGGGUCCAUUUCCACUCCGGGUCCACCCCUUUCACCCUCCCCUCACGCACAUCCACGCCCCUCAGUCGACUCAUUCAGUUCUACAACAACCCCCUACACUUCAUGUUUACCGUGUAA